ACAUAACUGAGCGAGGAGCCACACACAUUCAAGCUUUGCUUCCUCCAUGGCCGUUGUUCUUUCCUAUUGCAAACCUUCGCUUCCUCUUCGUCGCUUCCAUCGCCGCUGCGGAAAUUUGUGGAAGAGAGAAAAUGUUCGGAGCUCAAGAGGAGCAUCAACAGUGACUGCUAUGUUUUGGAGGUCAAAUAAGUCUCCUGAAGUACGAGAAUUCGAUGUUUCACUUGAAAAUUAUACUCUAACUGGAUCAGGCACCGAGGAAGCUUCGAGGAAGAAGAAUGUCAUUUCACUUUCAGUUGUUACUUCAAUAUCAGAGAUACAACAAGCUGAAUGGGAUGCUUGUGCCUUGGAUUCUUCACAACCUGAAAGCUACAAUCCAUUUCUAAUGCAUGGGUUUCUCUCCAGCUUAGAAGAGACAGGCUGUGCCAUUAGGGAAACAGGUUGGAUGCCAUUACAUAUUGUUGCAAAGGAUGAAUCCGGGAAUGUUUUGGGCGUUACGCCGCUUUAUCUCAAAAGCCAUUCCUACGGUGAAUUUGUUUUCGAUCACUCUUGGGCUGAUGCAUACCGCAGUUUCGGCGGAAGAUAUUAUCCUAAACUCCAGUGUUGUGUUCCUUUCACCCCAGUUUCUGGCCCUAGGAUUCUUAUCCGUAAUCAUCCUUGUAAAGACCAAGUUUUUGAUGCUAUUGUUUCUGCUAUGACUGAACUGGCAGCUAAGUUGCAAGUUUCAUCUUUGCACAUUACCUUUCCAUCUGGAGCUGAGUGGAACAUACUGAAGGAGAAAGGCUUCUCGCAGAGAAUUGGGAUGCAGUACCACUGGAAAAACCGUGGCUAUAAAAAUUUUGAUGAGUUCUUGAUGGACAUGAAGCAAAGCAAAAGGAAAAAUAUCCGGCAGGAGCGCAAAAAGAUUGGUACCCAGAACUUGAAAAUGAGACGACUUCGAGGAGAUGAAAUUAAGGCUAGGCACUGGGAUUCAUUCUAUGAUUUCUACAGAAACACAACUGAUAACAAAUGGGGAACACCUUAUCUAACAAGGGAGUUCUUCCACGACAUGGCAUCAAAGUUAGGAGAUGGGGUAUUGCUUGUUCUUGCUGAAGAAAACGAGGAACCUGUUGCAGGAGCAUUGAAUCUUAUUGGAGGAGAUACUUUAUUUGGUCGAUUAUGGGGAUGUCGUCCUGAUUCCUAUUAUCCUAGUCUCCAUUUCGAAGCGUGCUAUUACCAGGCAAUCGAAGCAGCAAUAGAGCUUAAUCUAAAAACAGUAGAAGCAGGAGCUCAGGGUGAGCAUAAGAUUCAGCGGGGCUACCUUCCUGUUAAAACAUAUAGUUGCCAUUACAUAUUCGAUGAAGGUUUCAAGCAAGCCAUAGACGAGUUUUUAGUGCGCGAAUCAAAUCAGGUGGAUUAUGUCAUCAAGCUGUUACAUGAAUCUGGACCCUUCAAGGAGACAAUAGAGUAGACGCAUUAGCACACAUUCUUGUACAUCUAUUUGUAUUGACAUGUAUUGUAUAAGCCCUAGGUUUAUGACUCAGUGUACCAUUUAAUUGGCGCAUGUUCGUUUCUCAUUUGGGUUUUGGUUAUUCCUUCUACUUUAUGAUCACAGUAAACCAAAUAUUCUAUUUUUAAGAGUUUUACACUUU